AGGCAUAACAAUUCAGUGCCCUUUAUUCUACCUCGGCCCCUGGCUGAAUCCCAUCCACCUUUCCUCUUUAUGCUUCUCAGCACGUUCGUCAAUUAAAUACAAGCAAGAACAGAAAGCAAUGCAUUUUCUGUGUGUCUCCACUGGCAUCUUCUACUAAAUUUUUCAAGUGAGUGAAUUUGGACAGCUUAAAGUACGACGUACCUAAUUUUCUUUUUCUAGUUUCCUGAUUAUUUGGUACAGAAAUGGGUUUGGCAAUAUCAAGGUUUGCAAAAAUGCUCUUUGCGAAGAAAGAAAUGAGGAUUCUGAUGGUUGGUCUUGAUGCCGCUGGCAAAACUACUAUUCUGUACAAGUUAAAGCUUGGAGAGAUUGUUACUACCAUCCCCACUAUAGGCUUCAAUGUAGAGACAGUGGAAUACAAAAACGCAAGUUUCACAGUAUGGGAUGUAGGAGGACAGGAUAAGAUUCGACCUUUAUGGAGGCACUACUUUCAGAACACUCAGGGCCUUAUUUUCGUAGUUGAUAGUAAUGACAAAGAAAGAAUUUCAGAAGCAAGAGAUGAGCUCCAUCGAAUGCUUAAUGAGGAGGAACUACGUGAUGCCAUCCUUCUUGUCUUUGCCAAUAAGCAAGAUCUCCCAAAUGCCAUGAGAGUCUCUGAAAUCACAGAUAAACUUGGCCUCCACUCACUCCGUCAGCGCCGCUGGUAUAUCCAGAGUGCCUGCGCAACUUCGGGUCAGGGACUCUACGAGGGCCUAGAUUGGUUGUCUAGCAAUAUCUCAAGCAAGGCAUAACUGCAGAAGCUGUCAACUUGGCGCCUCCAGAACUUAUUUCCUUACGUCUAGACAGGUAAUGAAUCACAAAUUCCUGCUAAAGAAAUUUAGGAUGCAGAACGGGCAUGAGCAAGUGAAAGCCCCGUCAUUUUGCAUCGAGUAAGUGUAAUGCAGAAGGUCUGAUACUGUGUGCGAAAUGGCAUCUUCUUCUGUUCCUAUUUUUCUUUUUGCCUUUUUUGCUGUGAUGGUAAUGAAUCACUUCUUAGCCCCUGCCUGAACUGUUUCUUUGGAACUAAAGGUAGUACAAUUAUUCCACAUGGUUGAUUCCUGUAAACUUCAACCAAUGAUGAUGAACUCAGCAAGAGAAAUGGGAUACUCAAUUUAGUUCUGCAUGGUUUCAUCGAUCUUGACUA